GGUGCGCCCCCGCCCCGGGGGGAGGGCGGGGGGCGGCGGCGGGCGGCCCCCCUCACCCGGUGCCCGCAGGACGAGGAGAGCCCCGAGCGGACGCUGACCGACGACGACAUCGCCGCCGCCGCGGAGAUCUGGGCACAGGGACCCGCCGCGCUGCCCCCGCCCCGGCAGCAGCCCACGCCCGUGUUACCUGUGGAGGGCGAGAGGAACGUGCUGAUCACCAGCGCGCUGCCCUACGUCAACAACGUCCCUCACCUGGGCAACAUCAUCGGCUGCGUGCUCAGCGCCGACACCUUCGCCAGGUGAGGCUGCGGGGGCUGCGGGUGGGACAGCUGGGACAGG